AUGCAGCUCACCGUUACAAUUUUUCUUUUACUCUUUGUGAGCCUGUGCUGGGCCCAGGCUCCGGGAGAUGGGGAUGCACAAUGUACAACUGAUCACUCAAACCCCCCACAAUAUCCCGACACUGUGAGGAAUCUGAUGGACAGUUACAGUUAUGAGAACCUCUUACCUGGAAAUGGAACUGGGGACGUUCCCAUAACUACUGCAGUCUGGAAUGACUUCAGUUUUGAUGGAAAUGAUGUCACUCCUGAAACACUGAGACCAACUUAUAGAGACCAUAACUUGCAUUUCGAUGCAGGCUGUAAUGAGUGUCCAGAGCAGAUGAUGACAACGGAGCUUCUCCGCUAUCCAAAGACUACAGUUGGUGAAGGAGGAGAAUGUGUCAAUGUGACUGCAGCCUGUGUGGAGAACGCAGUACCACUCAGCUCCAGUCUGGAGGUGACAUGCUGCUCUGGGGGUGUCUGGCGGGUUAAUAAGGAGCUUCGGUGCAAAUGUAUUGACAACUACAAACCCACUGAUGCUGGGACUUGCAUAGAUGCUGCAAAGUGCCCUACCUGUCCUGAGAAUAUUACUGCCAGCGUCACUGAAGACUGCACUGACCUUAUCCUGACCUGGUCGCCAGUUGAUGGUGCUCGGCAGUACUCUGUGCGAAUGCAUGAGAAUGGUGUAUACAUUAUCAACACGACAGUCAACAACAACUUGUACAAAGCCAGUCUAAUCGACAGCAAGAUAAAGGAUGAAACCCUAACUCUUGAGAUUGCUGCAUUGCUUGGUAGUUCCAAUGAAGGUACUCAAAAUAACCAUGCUUCUAUCAGCAUAGACACUAAAGCACAGCAGCAAGGGCAACAGGAAGACCAACAGCAGUUCACAACAACUCAAUUCAGUAUCGGGCUAGCCAUGACUUUUUUGGUCACGGGGCCCUCUGUGUUUUUCCUUACCUGCGUCAUCUGUCUCAUGGUCGGAUCCUAUAGGAAGAAGAAGUACGGCAGCAAGUUCUCAACGACCAAUGCUACCUACACCAUGGAGGAGAAGAAACUGUCAUUCACUACUCGGACACUGAAGCGCUUCAUUUCCUGGAAAAUUAGCAAAGACUGCGGAGCUAACCGCGUACAAAAGAGCCGCAAGCUGAAGCACGCUAUAUUUGGAUCAUCUCUUGGCGGCAAUGGUCACGACGACAAACCUGGCCAGGGAGCAGACGCUCCCCACGAGAAUUGCAUUAAUCUCCCUGACAACGCCAGGGCUGAGUUUGAGACUCAGCUCAUGGACAGCUACACCCAUGAGGUUCUUCUACCAGAGAGCCCUUCCACUACCGGUGCUGCAGUCUGGAGCGAAUUCAGUUUCGAUGGGAACGAUGAUCUGAUGAAUGAUAUCCCUUUCUGGGAGCCGAUAACAGGGACCUCAGAAUGCAGGCGGCGUGUUCAGGUGUGUGGCUGGGAUAGAGAAGGAGAAAGACAGGAUAACUGGCUCUUUACUCAACACAUCAGUUCAGAUUUUGACUCCAACAUUUACAACUAUGAUGUGACAAUACAUGUGGAGGCAACUUACUCAUUGCAGAGUUGCAGAGAAAGGCUUGGCUGUAGACAAAGAUUCAAUCUUCUCCACUACAUGACUAACUCACAACAGCUCCCCAGUACCAGUGGAAAUGGAUAUAUGAAUACCCAAAAUUAUGAAAAUUUCGCAGUAUCAGAAGGACCUGUUUCCUCGGUGACGUACACCAAUACCUACAAUUUCACUCUGCCACCAUCUUCCACUGGUUUCUACAUAGCUGUCCAGGACAUUGGGUCAUGUAUAGCUCUAUCAAGACUGAGAGUCUAUCGCAACAACUGCAAGUCUCGUCAGGUUGGACUGGUCCUCUAUCCUGAUGCUCCUGCUCCAGUGUCUGGCUCAACAAAUAUUGAUAUCAGUUGUGUUGAGAAUGGAGUGGUCUCUGGAAGCUCAAGAGUCACAUGUGGCAGUGAUGGAACAUGGGGUCCUGAGAAUCCUGUGUGUCAGUGUAAUUGUGGCUAUGAGCAAAAUAUGGGGGCUACAAGGUGCAAUGAACCUCCCAGUGCUCCAGGCAGCCUUUCACUGAGUCCCCAACAGAGCAGUAUAACUGUCAGAUGGUCAGCACCAGCAGACCUUGGUGGGAGGACAGAUCUCUACUAUCAGGUGGAAAUCAGUGACCCAGACAACCUGGGGUCGUUCACUGGGACAGUAUUCCUCAGUGGAAGUACCACCAGUAGGACAAUCUCUGGCCUAAGACCACACACUCAGUACUGUGUCAGAGUGACAGCCCACAAUGGAGUCAGUGACCAGGACCCUGAUGGAGAACACCUCAGGACUGUAGAGGAGUGUACUAGAACAUUAGAAGCUCGUCCAGGAGUGGUGAGUGGAGUUCAGGGGGCGUAUCCCUAUGUGGUGUGGAACCCACCAGAGGAGCCAAAUGGAGUCAUCACGGGCUACAGACUGGUGUUCAGUAGGUCAGGGACCUCCACUACGAGGACUGUCACCACCACUAAUGAUCAGACCUUCUACAUCAUCCAAUCAUCUGAUGUCCCCUGGACGUCCGGAGAGUUCAAUGUAACAGUUGCAGCUGGGAACAGUGUCGGUUUCGGAACUCAGUCGUCACCUUUCACGCUGACAAUUGGUGGUUCUACAUGCCCAACACCUCCGCUACCCCUAGUGUUAGAAUGCUGGGACGCCCAGAUAAGGAGAAUUCCUUUUCUGCCUAAAAACACUGCCUCAUUCCCGGGAUUUCUUGGUAGGCCUCUUGGGAAGAAGCAAGAACUCUGUUCUCUGGAUACUAUCACCCAACCCCUGGAGCAGUGUUUUAUCUGCGAUGUUUAUCUCCAAUCUGGAGCAUUCUUGCAUGUUUUUCUGAGCCUGUGCUGGGCCCAGGCUCCAGGAGAUGAGGAUGCACGAUGUACAACUGAUCAUUCAAAUCCCCCACAAUAUCCUGACAAUGAGACGAAUCUGAUGGACAGUUACAGUUAUGAGAACCUCUUACCUGGAAAUGGAACUGGGAACUCUCCCAUAGCUACUGCAGUCUGGAAUGACUUCAGUCUUGAUGGAAAUGAUGUCACUCCUGAAACACUGAGCCCAACUUAUUGGCAGCAAGGAGCUGGAGGAAUAUGUCGAUUUCAGACACGAGUUUGUGGAUGGAGGCAGAAUGGUGUCGUAGUUUCUCAGAAUAACUGGCUCUUUACUCAACACAUCAGUUCAGAUUUUGACUCCAACAUUUACAACUAUGAUGUGACAAUACAUGUAGAGGCAACUUACUCAUUGCAGAGUUGUAGAUUACGACAAGGUUGUAUACAAAGUUUCAAUCUUCUCCACUACAUGACUAACUCACAACAGCUCCCCAGUACCAGUGGAAAUGGAUACAUGAAUACCCAAAAUUAUGAAAAUUUUGCAGUACCAGAAGGACCUGUUUCCUCAGUGACAUACACCAAUACCUACAGUUUCACUCUGCCACCAUCUUCCACUGGUUUCUACAUAGCUGUCCAGGACAUUGGGUCAUGUAUAGCUCUAUCAAGACUGAGAGUCUAUCGCAACAACUGCAAGUCUCGUCAGGUUGGACUGGUCCUCUAUCCUGAUGCUCCUGCUCCAGUGUCUGGCUCAGCAAAUAUUGAUAUCAGUUGUGUUGACAAUGCAGUGGUCUCUGGAAGCUCAAGAGUCACAUGUGGCAGUGAUGGCACAUGGGGUUCUCAAAGUCCUGUGUGUCAGUGUAGACUUGGAUAUGAGAAAAGACAGACGGAGUGUAUUGCUUGUGGAGCUGGUCAGUAUCGUUCCAGUGAAGACACUACCUGCCAGCGAUGUCCUGCCAAUUGUGAAACUGAUGAGGUGGCUGCCGACGAAUGUGAGUGCUUGAUUGACCACUUCAGAAACAACGAGAACAGAAUAACUGCACCAGGAGCACAGCCCUUCCUCCUUCCAGCCAAUGAACCACCAAGUGCAUCAUGUACACAACCUCCCAGUGCUCCAGGCAGCCUUUCAUUGAGUCCCCAACAGAGCAGUAUAACUGCCAGUUGGUCAGCACCAGCAGACCUUGGUGGGAGGAGAGAUCUCUACUAUCAGGUGGAAAUCAGUGACCCAGACAACCUGGGGUCGUAUACUGGGACAGUAUUCCUCAGUGGACGUACCACUAGAAGGACUAUAUCUGGCUUAAGACCACACACUCAGUACUGUGUCAGAGUGGCAGUCCACAAUGGAGUCAGUGACCAGGACCCUGAUGGAAAACACCUCAGGACUGUAGAGGAGUGUACUAAAACAUCAGAAGCUCGUCCAGGAGUGGUGAGUGGAGUUCAGGGGGCGUUUCCCUAUGUGGUGUGGAACCCACCAGAGGAACCAAAUGGAGUCAUCACGGGCUACAGACUGGUGUUCAGUAGGUCAGGGACCUCCACUACGAGGACUGUCACCACCACUAAUGAUCAGACCUUCUACAUCAUCCAAUCAUCUGAUAUCCCCUGGACCUCCGGAGAGUUCAGAGUAACAGUUGCAGCUCGGAACAGUGUUGGUUUUGGGACUCAGUCUUCAACUUUUACGCUCACAAUUAACGGCUCACUACCAACCAACUGCUCAGGUAUGUGCUAA